AUGUCCGAACCCUCCUACAAUGCCAUUGAGGACUAUGGCCUGAUCGGCGAUAUGCACACCUGUGCCCUCGUCAGUAAAGCCGGGAGCUUGGAUUAUAUGUGCUGGCCCGUCUUUGAUUCCCCCACGGUGUUCUGUCGUCUGCUGGAUGACAGGAAAGGCGGUUUCUUCUCUGUGGCCCCGUACAAGACGGUGGUCGAUCCCCACAGCAAGCAGCGGUAUCUCCCAUACUCGAACUUGCUCGAGACUCGCUGGACCAACGAGGAUGGCGUCGUGACUAUGUUAGAUUACUUCCCGGUCACCCCCAAGAAGACGAUUCAGUCGCAUCGGCUGUUGUCGGGAUAUUGUCCGUGCAAUGAGCCCGAAUCCAAUCGCUUCAAAUCGGGGCUGCAGCACUCGGGCCUGAUCCGCAAGCUGGAAUGCAGCCGUGGCUCGAUGGAGUUGCAGGUGGAACUCUUCCCGGCUUUUAACUAUGCACGGGACUCCCACACGGCUCGUGCAAAGCUGGAGAAUGACCUGUGCAAGCACCGGCUCCAGACCAUUCAUUUUGAAAGCGAGUCGGAGCGGCUGCAGCUCGAGAUCUUUGCCGACUCGCGAGAGCCCGACAAGCUGGGCUUCCCGUCGGCCAUGUUCAGCAUGGAAGAACGGCCCGGGUUGCGAGGACGCGGAUUGGUGGCCUGGUUUCGCCUUUCCGAAGGACAGACGAUUCAUCUGAUAUUGCACAGUCCCGAGAAGGCAGUGCCCAGCUCGGCCACCAUGGCCGCAUACCUCGGCAAGAUGGAAGAGGAGACGUCGGACUACUGGACGGACUGGACCCGCAAGUGCGCGUUUCGCGGUCACUAUCGAGAGACGGUUGAGCGCAGCCUUCUGAUCUUGAAGCUGCUGACCUACAAGCCCACAGGGGCCAUUAUCGCCUCGCCCACCUUCUCGCUCCCAGAAAACGUGGGCGGCUCUCGAAACUGGGACUACCGUUAUUCUUGGGUCCGCGACACGGCCUUCACCUUGUAUGUCUUUCUCAAGAUGGGCUACAGCCACGAGGCCGAGUCGUACGUCAAUUUCAUUUUCGACCGGGUCAUGCCGCAUGCAGCCCAGGACAUCCAGCCGGGGAGCAAGCGCCCGUUCCUGCCGCUCAUGUUCACUAUCCGUGGCGAGUACGACAUCCCCGAGGUGGAACUGGAUCACCUCGAUGGGUACAAGGGAAGUAAGCCUGUCCGUGUGGGCAACGCCGCUGUCUUCCACACGCAGCUGGACAUCUAUGGCGAGUUGCUGGACUCUAUCUACUUGUACAACAAACACGGCAACCCCAUCACCUACGACCAGUGGUCGGCCAUCCGGCGUAUGGUGAACUAUGUGGUUGGUGUGCGCCACCAAAAGGACAUGUCCAUCUGGGAAUCGCGUGGCCAGAUCCAGAACUUUAUCUACUCGAAGAUCAUGUUGUGGGUGGCCCUGGACCGGGGGGUUCGGCUUGCAGAGAAGCGGGCUAGUUUGCCAUGCCCGGAUCGUUUCAAGUGGAUUCAGGUACGGGACGAGAUGUACGACGAGAUCAUGGACAAAGGUUUCAAUUCCGAGCGAGGUCAUUUCUGCCAGAGCUUCGAGAGCCGUGAGGUCCUCGAUGCAUCCAUCUUGAUUGCGCCCUUGGUCUUCUUUGUCGCGCCCAACGAUCCCCGGUUCAUCAGCACGCUGAAGCGGAUCCUGGAGAGUCCGGAGAAGGAGGGGUUGUCCAGCGCAAAAAUGGUGUUCCGGUACGACCAUUUAAAAGCCAACGAUGGCGUCGGAGGAGGCGAGGGUGCUUUUAUUAUGGUCACCUUUUGGCUCGUCGAGGCCAUGGCCCGGGCCGCCAAGUAUGAUGUCCCCAUUCCCAACAUCUGGAAACUCGCGCUGUCGCACUUUGACAACAUCCUGUCCUAUUCCAACCACCUGGGCAUGUUCUCUGAAGAAGUAGCCAUUUCAGGUGAGCAGAUGGGCAACACUCCCCAGGCAUUCAGCCAUUUGGCCUGUAUUAGCGCGGCUCUCAAUCUGGAGAAGUUAGGUCGGGAGGAAAACUGA